UUUGUUUUCAAAAUGGACAUCAAUGUUAUUAUCAACAUCACAUACUGUGCAAGAUAACACUUGAUUAACUAAGAUUAACACUUGUACUUCUUUGGUUUAUGUGUCUUUGUUACCUACAACGUGAUGUGAAGCUGCCACAGGUGAGUCAGUCAGUCUUCAGCUCGAGGACUAAAUCACUACAGAUCAUUAUGGGGUAUUUGAGGAUCUGAAUUUGUAAUCUAUGACUGAGUGCUCCAGUAGUUACCGUUAACAUUAUCAUCAGACAAGCUAAGAAUAGCUGUAGAACUCUUCAGACGGGUAUUAGACUACAAAUAGCUGUAAUACUGCUUUAAAAAAAAACUGAAGUGAAACAACUAAAGAUAUAGUAGGUCCCAUAAUGAUAACUAGCUACAUUUGCACGGUAAACCUGUGUGUUCUUUUGGUAAUGGGAUCGCGAUAGCAAUGAGAGGGUUGUGAGUUCAAGUCCCACAGGGAUCACAUACUGUAAGUGCCUAUGUGUUGUAAUAUGCUCUCUCCCGACGCUACUCAUUCCCCCAGCAAUGAGGGCAGCUCUCCUAAUCCAACGUUGGUACCGUCAGUACGUGGCACGGCUGGAGAUGAGACGCAGGUGCACCUGGAACAUCUUCCAGUCCAUCGAGUAUGCAGGAGAGCAGGAUCAGAUUAAGCUCUACAACUUCUUUGGCUACCUCAUGGAUCACUUCACUCCAGCCAGCAGUGAGCGGAACCUGAUCUCACACAUCUUCCGUGAGAACAACAUCUGCCGUAAUGUAGAUUGGGAGAGGUACUUCUGCUACAAGAGCAUUGAGGUACCAAAGCUGUACUCUGGUCCCCAUCUCUCUUUCCCCAUAACAUGUUCCAAUGCAGCUGAGCUGGUGGAGGCCUUCAAGAACAAACAACAGCUCCAUUCUCGCUAUGUCCUUCAGCUCCUUGGGGAGACCUGGAGACUGCUGAGGAUCCUCCCCAACAUCAGUCAGAUCUCCACCUGCCACAGCAAGGAGAUCACCAUCUGUGGAGACUUACAUGGGCAUCUUGAGGAUCUUUUAUUGGUCUUCUACAAGAAUGGUUUACCAUCAUCGGAGAAGCCUUAUGUCUUCAAUGGAGACUUUGUGGAUCGAGGAAAAGAUUCCCUGGAGAUCCUCCUCAUCCUGUUUUCCUUUCUCCUGGUCUAUCCUAAUGAUGUCCAUCUGAACAGAGGCAACCACGAGGACCAUAUCGUUAACCUAAGAUAUGGCUUUACCAAAGAGGUGCUUGGAAAAUACAGGCUUCAUGGCAAGAAGAUUCUAAAGCUUCUCCAGAAGAUCUUUAGCUGGUUGCCCCUGGCGACAGUAAUUGACAAAAAGGUGUUGGUUCUGCACGGCGGUAUCUCAGACACCACGGACCUUCACCUCAUAUCCAGGGUGGACAGACACAAAUAUGUUUCAGCUCUCCGGCCUCCCAAGAGGAAGAGGCAAAACAGGUCAGGUAUGACGGACUCCGAUCUAGAAGACGAUGAGCCAACUGCCAAGCCUGUGGACAGCAGCAGGCGCCGGGUCCACUCCCUGACCCACAGCAGCAGCACGGGGACCAGGCAUGAGGUCCAGCGUCGCUCCCUGCAGGGCCUGACCAACAGGGUGACCUGCUCUGUAGAAGAGGAGCUGAAGGAGAGACGCAGGCAGGCCGGACUUAGCCAGUCCUACGGAGACCUCCGUAACUCCCUGGCUAACUCUGACUCUGACCCAGACCCAGACUCUGGAGAGCUGCUGGAGUCGUAUGGGGACGAGUGGAAACAGAUUGUAGACAUGCUAUGGAGUGACCCCAUGCCCCAGGAUGGCUGUGUCCCCAACGAGGUGCGAGGUGGAGGAUGUUACUGGGGUCCUGAUGUGACAGAAGAGGUCCUGCGACGUCACAACCUCACACUGCUUAUACGCUCACAUGAGUGCAAGCAAGAGGGCUACGAGUUCUGCCACAACCGCAGGGUCCUAACCAUAUUUUCUGCAUCUAACUACUAUGAGGUGGGAAGCAACAGAGGAGCGUACAUCAGGAUGGGUCCUGACCUGGUGCCUCACUUCAUCCAGUACCAGGCCAACAGGGCUACCAGGGCGCUCACACUGAGACAAAGUGUUGGGCGGACUGAGCGUUCAGCUCUCAGGGCUUUGAGGGAAAAGCUGUUUGCACAUAAGUCAGACCUUAUCAGUUCCUUUCAAGAAUACGACCCGGAAAAUACAGGGCUGAUCUCUCUGGGCCACUGGGCCUGUGCCAUGGAGGCUGUGUUGAGGCUGGGUCUACCCUGGAGGGUGCUGCGGUCUCAGCUAGUGGGAGACACUCUGGAUGGCAUGCUGGACUAUCAUCUUUGGUUCAGAGAACUGGCCAUCACCGAGCCCAACACAGAGCUCUCGAAUGCCAGUCUGCUUGAGACCAUGUAUAAGCACCACUCCAACCUGGAGACCAUCUUCAGGAUCAUAGACACAGACAACUCAGGUCUGAUAUCGUUUGAAGAGUUCCGUCAGACGUGGAAGCUGCUUAGCUCCCAUCUGCAGACAGAGAUCAGUGACGAGGCCAUCAGUGACCUGGCCGUCUCCAUCGACUUCAACAAAGACGGCAGCAUAGACAUCAACGAGUUCAUGGAAGCCUUCCGGCUAGUGGGAGGAGACCUACUGCAGAAUGAAGGUGACCCCCACUGACACAUCUUCAAACUGGAAUCUCACUGCAAUCAAUGGUCAAUAGUACCAUAGGAGGGCUUCCAGCCGACCUACUGCAACAACGGACAUGAUAAAGCACUUCAAGAGGAAAUACAGUAUAUUACUACCAACUGGAAUCUACCCAUUCAAAUCAAUGGCCUAGCCCUGGAGGGGGUCAAUUGUAUGAUCAGGCGAGGGCUUCCAGCAACCUGCUGCCACAUCAACAGUAGUCUUGCAUGCCAGCCUCAUGGUGCUCCACCAUGCUGCGGGGAAGGACUACAGGAAUGCUAGUGAAAAAGGAGGGGGAUGAACCUCUUGAGUUUGAGUUUAUUAAUUUCUCUGAUACCCACUUUUCUAGAGAAAAUAUGCUACAAACUGGGAAUCUACUUAUUCCAAUCAAUGGACCCAUUUCCAGCAUCUCCAAAAGGACAGAUAUUUAGAACCAAUGAGAAAAGAUGCAACAUAGUCAGAAAAAAUCAUUCGAUUGAAAAGAUUUUGGGGCAUAUUGAUUAUUCAUACAGGCCUCUCUCAAUAGGUGACCAUAAUAUUAUGACCUAUGACCUCAUAAUAUUAUGAAAUAUUGAUUCUAUAGAUGAAAACUAUACAGCCAUUGGCUAGUCAUUGUGUGAGAGACCCAGACAGAACACGGGAUAUGGAUUUGCAAAGCAUUCGUUUUAGAAAUGGUGCCUAUGCUUGUGUAACAGAUUAAGACUACCAGAUAAACUCACCAACAGACUAAAAUGCUGCCAGACUAAAAUGCUGCCAAUGGUGCCAUUGAAUCAGAUCCUUUUCAGUGUAACAACUGGUUUGUAUGUUGUCAAGCGGGCAUUCAUGGGAGACAGAGGACCCUGGUUCAAGCCCAGUCAGAGGCAGAUUGAGGGAGGAAACAAAGCUGCUAUGCUAGCACUGACACCGGUUACACUUGGGUAAGAAAGAGAUCCAAACAAAGGAGAGUCAUGUUGAAAAAGGCUCCUCAAUGACAUUUUAUUAAACCAUGUUGGGGUUGUGUAUAAUUCUUAUUCAAUCAUAUAAAAUAUUACUAAAGCAAUAAUAAAAGGCGUAUUUAUUUACAA